AUGAUGCAGGCCGGGGUAGCUAAAUACCCCACGAUGAGGAAUCAGAUUGCCAUAGAACUGAAAGCCGGAUUCCGAGUCCAUUCCAUGAACUUGGUGACUUUUCUAAUUUUCUUUUCCAAAGUCCGACAACUCGCUCUCGCUGUUCGGGCUGCAAUAAGUUCGAAAUAUUUGGGCUUCAUCACCGCCAGCAGCGACAGAGCUUUCCUUUUCCCGAUCGCCGACGGCAAAUUGAACGUCGAAAAACAGUCGCCAUCGGCCGUCCCCGUGGAGCCCAUCUGGACAUUAUGUCCCGAUGGUGGCAAUGAGGAACCACCCAAGGUGCCUCAACAAAACUCAGAUGUAACUUCAUUAGCUGUCGCACCCAAUGCCAAUAAAGAGGCCAUUGGGCAGCAAUCAGAUCACGAGGCCGGCAAAGGAUCUGGAUACUCGGAAGAGAAGUUGAAAAACGACCAUACUAUCAGAUACUGGCUAUCUUCAGCUUCACACGGCACGUUUGAUAGGGCUGAAGUAUCAAGCCACCAAUGCGACUCAGAGCAAGAUCCGUUUUCACUGGAUCGUAUACGAUAUAGUCGUCUUUUGGCAGCUGUAUGGGAAUCCCUGAGGAUGAUUUCUGCAAGAUUUCAGAUGCCGGUGGAAUCAUUGCGAAUCGAGAUUCAGCCUUUUCAGCCGCAGCGCUGUGCGAUUGCGAUUGUUCCGAAAGCCGAAAUACGGUUGCAACACUUUCCGGCCCCGGCGCCAUUUCAUGUCGAAUACCCUGGUUAUUUUAGCCCUGAAUAUGGCGCCCUGCCGUCAGAUAUGACUGAGUUUUCCUCAUUGGCCUUGGACAUACGGUCUCGUCUGAGCAGAGACGCGGGGGAGAGGACUGGGGGACCCUGGCCAGACGCAAUUCUCGCCAGUGAUCCUUACUCGUCUCAGCGAAAGGCAGAGAUACAGAAAAGUGCACUUUGGGAACUCGAUAGAUUCCUGGGGACAACUUUUGGAUACCGAUUCUCGUCCAAAGGCUUCCAAAAAGAAAGGCAAGGGUCAGCGUCGCCGUCAGAGACCCCAGCGUCUCUCCUCGAGCUACCGUACGAUUGUCCCGGUAUCUACAGUAUUGCAAACCUGUCUUCCAUGCAAGCUGAAUCUGCCAUUAUAUCUGUUAUACUGCCUGGUACGCUAAUCAAUGGCAUGGAAGUGCUGAGCAAGUUGGUAAACCGCUUGGCUCAGCUGUUGGCGAGCUGGGCUCAUGGGGAACACGCUGUGGCCUUUGCACCGAUGUCGCAGCAGCUGUCCGCCUUGCGAGAGGAUUUUGAUGCAGGGAUUAAUUAUGCAAAGAAAGAGACAAAUGGCGGGCGAGAAAAACAGCAAUCUCAUUCGCUCAUGUUACGCGAGAAGCAGGUGGGGGUGGUAAGAGAAAGGCCGUAUGAUUCCAAGGGUGUACAUCGAGUGCUCGGGGAGAUUUACGGCCAUAUUGCGCCUUUUCUCGAGGAUACUGAGAGCUGCAAGGAAUUAGCGCCUGUGUUUACAGAGGUUGAACUGAACCUAAGUGCAGUCUUGGAGUCACUUUGGGAGUGA